AUGUACAGCAGGUUUUUCCAGUUUUCAUAUAUGGCAAGUCGUGAAGGUUUUUGUACUUCAUGAAUGCAUACAGAACUCUUCACAAAAGACACAAUUUGUUACAUUUAUCUAGUGAACACAGGAAGGAGGAGUGUGUGAAAUCCUUAUGCAUGUUACCAAUGGAAUGUAGUGUGGGGAGCUGCUCUAAAAGUGGUGCUGAUGACGACCUGCUCGCAAAUGUGCAAUCGUUACAGAUUCAGCUGAGGAGAACUGAACAAAACCUCCAAACUGUAGAGAAAGAGCUUUCCAGCACAAGUGAACAUUACGGCCACUGCUUCGAUGAGGUGAUAGACGUCCCUCUGGAGGACUUUGAACACCUGAAUUACACUUGUCAAGGCUUCUGCAGCUGUAAGAAGAAUUCUGGUAGAACAUCUCACCAGGAUUUUCAAAGAAAAUCCAAAUCUUACUCAGUAUCCACAACUUUGGAUAAAACUGUGGAAGAAAAUGAACAUCUUCAGGAGAAGUUGGAUGCCCUUCAUGAGCAAAAUGCAUCUUUGACUUCUCAGAACCAGUACCUGAAGGACAGAGUGGAGACAAUGAACUUUGAAUUGAUGCAGUCAAAAACAAAAAUUUCAUACCUUGAGGCCACUUUAGCUACACAUUUAUUCAGCAUUCCAAAGUUGAAAGAACAGAUUGUAAAUUUGGAAGCAGAAAUUUCAGCUCAAGAUAAAAUUCUGAAAGAUGCAGAAGAUAGACUAGAUCAAAAUCAGAAAACAGCAAUGGAAAGAGAACACAUGUUGCAAAGAUAUCAAAAGAGCUAUAAAAAUCUGAAAAUUGAGUUAAUUGAACAAAGCAGGCAAGGAAAGAGAGCACAACAGCAAAGAAAUGAAGCUUUGUUGAAUGUGGAGGAGCUGACAAGAGCUUUCACAAAGUAUAAAGCAGAAACAAUUGAAAAAUUAGAAAAGGCUAAAGCUGAAGAAAUAGUCUUGGGAGAACGAUUAAUUAAUUGUGAAAAAGAAAAAGAGAAGUUGAAUGAAAAGUGUAUCAGCUACAGAAAGGAUCUAGACAUCCUAGAAGGGCAACUAAGACAAUUAAAUGAAGAGAAUCACAGCACAAAAGAAGAAAUUAAAGCUCUAGAGGCAAAGAACACUGAAAUGACAUCAAUGCUGAGUCAGUCUGAUCAGAAGAUCAUCAAGCUUGAGAAUGAUCUUUCUGAAAAAGAACUAGCCCUUGAAGAGAAAAAUGAUCUAAUGGGUGAAAAUGAAGAGCUGAGAGCACUUACUGCACGGCAACGUAACCACUUGGAAUUAUGUUGUCAAGAAAUACAGGAUUCAAGGGAAGAGCUCAACAUACUACAAACCAUUAUUUCUCAGUUGUCCUUAAGUACAUCUGAAGAGUUUAAAUGGCACCAUUUCAAACACCAGCUAUUGAGUUCCUCAACAGAAGAAGCUACCUCUGAAUCUUGUGGUGGAUCAAAUAAACCUUUGAUUGCAGACCUAAGCAUUAAACUGGCAAUGAAAGAAGCAGAAAUUCAAAAGCCUGGUGCAAACUUAACUAUCCAUACUGGAGCUGAGCAUCUUUCUAACAGUAAUGAGGGACAGGAGAACAGCAGGUUAUGUGACCUGGAAACAGAGCCUGUCAAAUUGAUCAGAAAUCCAGGAGAGAGGAGAAAAUGUCAACAGUUGGAACUUAUAAGCAAAAAAUUUGAAAAGGUGAGGCAAAAAUUCCAGAAAGAGAUAGAAGAGCUACGUGCUAAACUGCUAAGAGCAGAUGAUGAGAAUUCUGCCUUGAAGACCAGCAUGGCCCAAAGAACCAGUCAAUUUCAAAUCAUACAGGAGGACCUACUGAAGAAGGCUUCAAAAACUAGCAGCUUAGAGAGAGAAAUAAGAAAGAAAUCUUCUCAGCUUUCUGCACUUGAGAAACAGUUAGAAGAAAAGACUGUUGCUUAUUCCAAUGCUGCAGUAAGAAAUGCUGAGUUGGAACAGAAACUCAUGGGAAAAGACAGACGCAUUCAUGAGCUGGAAACAACUAUCAGGGAAGAACAUGAGAAAGUAACUUCUGCUUUUGAAAAUGAAAGGUUCCUUUACCUUGAGCAGCACAAAGAAAUGGAGAAACAGAUUGAUCUACUUCAGACACAGCUGGAGAAGAAACAUCAACAAUUCAUUGAACAAGAGAAAAUAAUAUCUAUUUUACAACAAGAGGUUAUACAUAAACAGCAUCACAUCGAAUCACUGGAUGGGCUGCUAAUAGGAAACAGAGAGGAAAUGGAAAAUCAAAAUGUCAAGAAGGACCAAGAAUUGAAGAUGCUGGAAAGUCAGCUGACAGAAGAAAAAAUCAAAGUACGACAACUUGAGUCAGCACUAAAUGUUUGUAAGGAAGAAGUUGCACUGUAUUUGAGUCAGUCACAAGAAAACAAGGAGAUGUUUGAAAAUCAGCUGAAAGAAAGGUCCGAAGAGCUUCAGUAUUUACAGAAAGAAAUAAAAGUAAAAGGUCAGAAUAUUCAGGACAUGAGUGAACAAAAUAUUCUCCUGCAGCAAACUUUGCAUCAUCAGCAGCAAAUGUUGCAGCAAGAAACUAUUAGAAAUGGGGAGCUGGAAGAUAAUCAAACUAAACUUGAAAAACAGGUGUCCAAUUUGGAAAAAGAGCUUCAGAAGCAGAAAGCAUGUGCAGAAGAUGAGUUGAGAAAGGUGGAGGAGAAACUGUGCCUAGCUGCUCAGGAAGCAGAUUUAAACAGACAGAAGGUGGAUGGACUUAAGUGUACCAUCAGACAGAUUAAAUUGGAGAUGGAUCAGUGCAAGAACGAACUUACUGGCAUGGAAAAAGAAGUAGUGCAAUUAAAACGAGAUGGUGCAAACAAAGCACUGCACAUAAAUCAGCUGGAUAUCGCUCUGGAAGAAGCAAGAUCAGAGCUCAAUAAAAAGGCAAAUGAAGUGAAUGAUUUCAAAGAUGAGCUGCUUCAAACUGAGACUUGCCACAGGAAAGCCUUACAGAAAAUAGCAGAACUGGAAUCUGCAUUACAGAAUGCCUGUGGAGAAUUAAAGAUCAGUUUAACACAGCUUCAGGAGCUGCAGGAUGCAUUGCAGAAGGCACAGUCCUCUCUGGAGGAGAAGAACAUUGCUAUCAUGGAUCUGACAACUGAGCUCAGGUAUUGCAAGGAUGAAAUUGAAGACAAAAAGCAGGAACUCCUUGACAUGGACCAAGCACUGAAAGAAAGGAAUUGGGAACUGAAACAAAGAGUAGCUCAGAUUACACAAUUGGAUAUGACAGUUCGUGAGCAUAAGGGAGAAAUGGAGCAACAAAUGAUUCAAUUACAGUGCAACUUAGAGAAGUCAGAGUUGGAAAUUAAAGAAUGCAAUAAACAGAUUGAGAGCUUAGAAAAGAAACUCCAGCUUUCUAAAGAUGAGCUUCGUGGAAAAGAGUUUGAAUUGCUCCAGAGAGAUCAGGAAAUAAAUCAGCUGAAGAAAAAAAUAAUGAAAGAAAACAACAUGGCCUAGAAGCUCUUGAAAGGGGCAGGAACAGUGAAGAAAUGACUGCUGCUGCCCAUUGGACAAGCAGCUACCCAGGAAUGCUGCUGCUGGCAACGUAACUGUGCAUUCAAAGAGGACAUUUUGAAGUCUUAUUUCUAAAUGAGGAAUGUAGUGUUUUGUACUGAAGCAGAUGACAACCUUCGGAUUUUUCUAACUGAGAUUAUUGCCUUCAUAUAAUAAUAUAUUAAUAUAAUCUUUUAUACCUGAGAAUAAAAUUUAAGUUGUAGGGGCUAAUUUCAGCUGUCAUCUUUUUCCAAGAUUUUUAAAUUGUGUACUUGUUUAAUAUCUACUUCUAAUUAAAUGCACAAUGGUACUACCUAAUUAGCAA